AUGCAGCCGGAUCUUCAUCCGAUCAAGAGAUUGAAAGAACUGACGAAUUAUACCCGCGAAUGGAUCGGAGAAAAUAUGGCUCAUCUGCCAGCGAAGUCUUCGAAAAAGUGGGAUUCGCGGUUUGUACAUUCUGAGAAGAGAAUAAAACGGGCAUUUUUGGAAUUUGUCUGCGAAUUCGACAAUACUGAUUUACCACACGGAAAGGAGGCGAUGAAUAAGGAAGCAAAACAGAAUCUGGCAAUAGGUGGCUAUGAUAAGACUCGAGCGCUCACCGGCCUGGCACAAAUCACUCAUGGCUGGCGAAACCUCUUCUCAACAUUCUACCGACAAUGCAGAAGCGAGCGAUUUGAAAAGUUCGAAUUUAACCGCAUCAAAUCCUGGUUCGAGGAACUUUCCCAGGCUCUGAUCAUGUCCCAGCGGGAUGAAUUUUGA